CACAAAAGAAUUAGAAAACCCGACUAAAGGGAUCAGCGAUAGAGAUAGAGAGAGAAAGAAGUCUUAUAUUGUCCGCCAUCGAAGAACCGUGAUUUCGAUUGGAUUGAAACGUGCGUGGGGGCGGCAUCCAAAGACCCCUUUCCCCUUCCCCUCCUCCCUCGAUCUCCCCCAUUUUCUUCUUUCCUAAUUCCGUUUUCGUAGAUGAAAACCCGAGAAAUCGAUCCUUGUUUGGGGAAACUCUAGGUUCCGAUCUCUUUUUCUUCAUAUAUUUUGUCUUUGUUCUUUGAUCGAUCGACUGGGCGAUGCGAUUCGGCCUGUUUUCUUGUUUUCCUGGGUAAUCGGUAGGGAUUCGAGAGAUCGGAGGGGGUUUCGUUUUUUCUUUUUUGGUUUUGGGGGAUUGCUGGUUUUUUCCCCCCCCCUUUCUUUUGCGCUGUAAAAAUCUGAUGUUUUAGGGUUAGGGUUUGAAAUUGAGGUUGGCGUUUCUUGAAUCCGGCUGCGGCUAUGGAGCCUCGCGUGGGGAACAAGUUCCGGCUCGGUCGCAAGAUCGGGAGCGGGUCUUUUGGGGAGAUCUAUUUAGGUACUAAUGCUCAAACGAACGAAGAGGUUGCCAUUAAACUCGAAAAUGUCAAGACAAAGCAUCCCCAGUUGUUAUACGAAUCAAAACUGUACAGGAUACUGCAAGGAGGGACUGGGAUUCCGAAUGUGAGAUGGUUUGGUGUUGAAGGUGAUUAUAAUGUCCUUGUGAUGGAUUUACUUGGGCCAAGUCUUGAAGACCUUUUUAAUUUCUGUAGCAGAAAGCUAUCUCUAAAGACUGUUCUGAUGCUUGCGGAUCAGAUGAUCAACCGAGUAGAGUUUGUUCACUCCAAGUCCUUUCUGCAUCGAGACAUCAAACCAGAUAAUUUUCUUAUGGGUCUAGGACGACGAGCUAAUCAGGUAUACAUCAUUGAUUUUGGCCUUGCCAAGAAGUAUAGAGAUACUACAACUCACCAGCACAUUCCAUAUAGAGAGAACAAAAACUUGACUGGGACAGCAAGAUACGCAAGUGUUAACACCCAUCUUGGCAUAGAACAAAGCAGGAGGGAUGAUCUGGAGUCUCUUGGAUAUGUUCUCAUGUACUUCUUAAGAGGAAGUCUUCCAUGGCAGGGUUUAAAAGCAGGAACCAAGAAACAGAAGUAUGAAAAAAUCAGUGAAAGAAAAGUUGCUACAUCAAUUGAGGCUUUAUGUCGGGGAUAUCCUUCAGAGUUUGCAUCAUACUUCCAUUACUGCCGUUCACUACGUUUUGAUGAUAAGCCAGACUAUGCAUAUCUUAAGAGAUUAUUUCGGGAUCUUUUUAUCCGUGAGGGAUUUCAGUUUGAUUAUGUGUUUGACUGGACCAUAUUGAAAUAUCAGCAGUCACAAAUCGCCAGUGCUCCUCCACGUGCUGUUGGUCCUGGUGCUGGACCUAGCUCUGGCUUGGCCCCUGCAGUUGCCAACGACAGGCAGUCAGGUGGUGAGGAAGGAAGAACAAGUGGUUGGUCGGCAAUGGAUCCCUCUCGUCGACGAGUUCCUGCUCCUGCUCCGGCUCCAGCUAUAACUGCAGGCAGCUUAUCAAAGCAGAAAACCCCAAUGGGAAAUGAUCCAGCUGCUACUAAAGAUGUCAUGUUAUCCAGUUCGACUUUUUUGGGGCGGUCAAGCGGAUCUUCAAGGCGAGCUGCUGUUUCUAGCAGCCGGGAUGUUGUGGCUGGUGAGUCAGACCCAUCUCAGACUCGUACUGCUGAGGCAAGUCCUGGGACAUUCCGCAGACUUUCUGGUGCUCAGAGAAGUUCCCCUGUUAGUUCCGCAGAGCAUAAGCGGUCUUCAUCUGGUAGGCCAUCUAACAUCAAGAACUAUGAAUCCACCCUUAAAGGCUUCGAGUGCCUUAAUUUCAACAGCGACGAGAGGGUUCAGUAUUAGUGUUGAUUCUAGUCAAGCUGCUGCAACUUAUGCUUUUUUCACUCUGUAUAAAACAUCAUAAACUGGAGAACAAUGCUCGGGCAUGUUUCCCAUUAGUUAAUGUGGGAAGCUGUUGGGGUGACUGGUGAUUUGAGAAAGUGCCCUAAAGACUGCAAAAUAAGAGAAAGGCAGUUCUAAGGAGUUGGGACACCUAACUAUGCCAUUGCCAUGGUAAGGCUGUUUGUACAUGUGUCCUGAGCUAUUGCUAUGGCUUCCUCCUGGAUGUAAUCCAUGUUAUUUGAUUAUAUUUCUUGGAUUUUUUUUUUUUCUCUCGCUGAAUCCACAUGCCAACUGUUUGCGGAAGAAACCAUUUGAUUUAUUGUAAUUAAUGAACAAUGUGAGGACUCCAGGUGUGUUGACUUA